GCCAUUGGCCAGGCCACCCACAACUGUCAGUGUCACGCCGAGAAGUGGGAGAUCUUACUUCCGUUCUUUCACUCUGCGACUUCGAGCUUGACGAUAAAAAUGGCGGAUUCAUCAUCUUUACUGUACAAUGAGCUUAAGGCUGCUGAACCUGGUCCGAAUGUCAUCGAAUCCGAAGAACAUAUUCUUCGCAUGGCUAAGAACAUAAAAGGCAUUGCGACAAAACUUGGGUUGCCUCUGGUUUUCAAGUCAAGUUUUGAUAAAGCUAACAGAACGUCAUCAAAGUCAUUCCGAGGGCCUGGCAUGGUUGAGGGCUUGAAGAUUCUCGAGAAGGUGAAAAUAGCAUAUGAUCUACCCAUAGUAACUGAUGUGCAUGAAACGGUCCAGUGUGAAGCGGUUGGCAAGGUUGCGGACAUAAUUCAGAUACCAGCUUUCCUGUGUCGUCAGACAGAUCUUCUGGUGGCGGCAGCCAAAACUGGCAAAAUUAUCAAUAUUAAGAAAGGACAGUUUUGUGCUCCUUCUGUCAUGACUAAUUCGGCCGAGAAGAUUAGACUGGCUGGGAAUCCAAAUGUGAUGGUUUGUGAACGAGGAACUAUGUUUGGAUACAAUGAUCUGAUCGUUGAUCCACGGAAUUUUGAAUGGUUGAGGGAAGCUAAUUGUCCUGUUGUUGCUGACAUAACUCAUUCGUUACAACAACCCGCUGGAAAGAAGUUGGACGGAGGGGGUGUUGCUAGUGGAGGCCUUCGCGAGUUAAUACCAUGCAUCGCAAGAACAGCCGUAGCUGUUGGCAUCGAUGGGAUUUUCAUGGAGGUGCAUGAUGAUCCUCUAAAUGCCCCGGUAGAUGGUCCGACACAAUGGCCAUUGCGUCACUUGGAAGAACUGCUGGAAGAGCUCAUGGCCGUUGCUAGGGUCACCAAAGGGAAGCAGCGGUUCCAAAUCGAUCUCACGCCAUACAGUGUUUAGAAACUAAGGCGUAUACUCAGGUCUCCAUCCAUGCGAUUGUUGAGAUGGUUUGGUUGGAUCCGUUGUGGUUGCAAACUUCAUCAAGAAAGUACUCUAAUCUUGAUGAUGAGCGUUUCAUACAAAUCCUGGCAUGUCAUCCAAAAUUGUCCCCCUCCCCAGCUUGUUCAAUCCAUCAUGCUUCAUUUAUUUUGGAUAUUUCAUAUCUACGGUUUUAUUAAUUUGAUUUAGGGAACUGUUACAUUGCAAAAGUUUAUCAGUGGACAUAUAGCGGGUUCUGAAGAACAAGGAGAGAAACCAGAUAUGCCUUAUAUGCUCUCACAUGAUCGUAAGGACGCAACUUCUAUGUACCAAAACAACUGUAAAAGAUCCUGUAUACAUAUGAUUCAUAUA